AGAACGGCCAAGGAGGCCGUGGGGUCUACAGGUCAGCCAUCCACGGGAGGGGCCUGUUCUGCAAGCGGAACAUCGAGGCAGGGGAGAUGGUGAUCGAGUACUCCGGCAUCGUCGUCCGCUCCGUCCUCACCGACAAGAGGGAGAAGUUCUACGACAGCAAGGGCAUCGGGUGCUACAUGUUCCGCAUCGACGAGGCGGAGGUGGUGGACGCCACCAUGCACGGCAGCGCCGCGCGCUUCAUCAACCACUCGUGCGAGCCCAACUGCUACUCGCGCGUCAUCCACGUGGAGGGCCACAAGCGCAUCGAUCAUCUUCGCCCUGCGCCGCAUCCUGCGCGGCGAGGAGCUCACCUACGACUACAAGUUCCCCAUCGAGGAGCCGGCGCUAGCUGCCCUGCAACUGCGGCGCCGCGCUGCCGGCGCUCCUCAACUGAUUUACCCUCCCUCCCCUCCUCGGGGUCCUUCUGGGGGUCUGGGGUCUGGGGGUGA